AUGUCAACGAGCAGAGAAAUAAUUUGGUUUAUUCAUGUCGAAGAGUCGUUCACUAAGAAAACAAGGCAGUACGUUUUUAAAACAAUUCCAGACAUAUCCUACGAUGCACUUUUAAAUAGAAUUAGAGUAAAUACUGCAAUGGUCGCGCCUACGUUAACAUGUAACCUAGGAAAAGAAGCGCCGAAUGUUGUAAUAAAUGGUAAUGAGGCAUUGUCUAUAGCCCUCAAGCACUAUGGUAACGAAGCUUAUACGAAAGGAGUUCAUAUAAGACAAGAAACGUUACUAGAUUAUAGCCAAACUCACCACAAACCCUCAUAUAAUACACAAGAAAGGCAGUACGUCUUUUACGCUUAUCCAAACACAACAUACCGAGAACUUGUAGAUAUAAUUAAUAAGCAAACUGGCACUUACUCAAACGAGUUAAUGACAUAUUCUCGUGGACCUUCAGCACCAAACGUUGUAAUCAAUAGCGAUAGUGCAUUGACCAUGGCUAUCAGCUAUUAUGGUGAUAAAGCUCAUACAGAGGGAAUCCAUGUGUAUUAUGGAGAAACCAAAUAA